AUGUCUUCUUCACUACUGCAUGAGGCCACGCGCAUUGCAGGCCAGUUUGAAUACCCCGCGGAACAGGUGCAGCGCGGGGUUGCCGAGUACAUCAAGCAAUCCGAUGAGGGCUUGGGCAAGGAGGGCACGACAUUGAGCCAGAUCCCUACCUUUGUGACUGCUGUUCCCAAUGGCACAGAAAAGGGCCUAUAUCUCGCCGUUGACCUCGGUGGCACCAACUUCCGUGUGUGCUCGGUUCUUUUGCACGGCGAUACUACCUUCUCCCUUACCCAGUCCAAGAUCCUCAUUCCCCGCGAAUUGAUGGCCUCCGGAACCUCCAAGGAUCUCUUCCUCUUCUUGGCCCGCCAGAUCGAGUCUUUCCUGCGCAUUCACCACAAUGAGCACUUCGAGGCCCACCAGCUCCGUCGGCAGCAGGGCAGCAACGAAGAGGACCUGUUUGACCUUGGCUUCACCUUCAGUUUCCCUGUGCGCCAGUGCGGUAUCAACCGCGGAACCUUGAUCCGGUGGACCAAGGGCUUCAACAUCCCUGAUGCGGUUGGCCACGAUGUAUGCGCACUGCUCCAGUCUGCCAUUGAUGAGCUGAGCCUCCCCGUGCGCGUGGCUGCUCUUGUCAACGACACCGUCGGCACUUUGAUGGCUCGUUCCUACACCUCUCCCGGCGAGACCGGAACUUUCCUUGGUGCCAUUUUCGGUACUGGUACCAACGGCGCAUACGUCGAGAAGACCAAGAACAUCAGCAAGCUGAAGGACAUGAAGGAUGCCCACUUCGACAACUCCACUGGCGAGAUGAUCAUCAACGCUGAGUGGGGUAGCUUUGACAACCACAUGAGCGUUCUUCCUACGACUGUAUUUGACGAUGAGCUCGAUGCCGACAGCAACAACCCUGGCGUGCAGAUGUUCGAGAAGCGUGUCUCCGGCAUGUUCUUGGGCGAGAUCCUACGCCGUGCGCUUCUCUCCCUUCACCACAACGCCGACCUUGGCAUGUUCAAAGCCAACAAGACCUCCGAGACUGUCCUUCCUGAGAAGUCGAUGCUCUUCCGUCAAUGGGGUCUUGACACAAGCCUGCUCAGCGCCGUCGAGGCUGACAGCAGCAAGGACUUGGUGGAUGUCAAGACCGCAUUGAAGGAUCACCUCGAGAUUGAGAACCCCAGCACCGAGGAGUGCCAGGCUGUCAAGGUCCUGGUUCACGCCAUCGGUAAGCGUGCCGCUCGCCUGAGCGCCGUCCCUCUGGCUGCGAUCCUGGUCCACACCAACAAGCUCGCCACAGAUGAGAUCGUCGACAUUGGUGUCGAUGGCAGUCUCGUUGAGUUCUACCCCAACUUCGAGGGCCAUAUGCGCGAGGCUUUGCGCGAGGUUCCCCAGGUCGGUGCUGCCGGCGACAAGAAGAUUCGCAUUGGCAUUUCCAAGGAUGGCAGCGGUGUCGGUGCAGCUCUGAUUGCGCUCGUCGCUAGCAAGGAUGGGGGUCUUGAGGUUCCCCGCGAGCCUUAA